AUGUCUACACCCUCAAAGAAACGCUGCGGCGUCCUUGGAGCAACUGGCGCAGUGGGCACGCGAUUCAUCCUCCUACUCUCCCAGCACCCUCUGCUCGAAUUGGUAGCGGUAGGCGCCUCAGACAGAUCGUCGGGUAAAAAAUACCGUGAUGCUGUGCGCUGGAAGCAAUCGUCCCCUAUGCCCGCCCAGGUGGCAGACCUAACAAUCCGCCGCUGUGCCCCCUCAGAAUUCUCAGACUGUGAUAUUAUAUUCUCUGGGCUGGAUCCUGAUGCCGCAGGCGAGAUUGAGAUGGCCUUUCUCAAAGCGAACUUUGCUGUGUUUUCCAAUGCGAAGAACUAUCGAUUGGACCCUAUGGUACCUCUUGUAGUGCCCCUUGUUAAUGCCGGGCAUAUCGAUGUGAUCCCCGCACAGAGGAAGCACUUUGGUCUCAACAAGGGAAUGCUAGUGUGCAAUUCCAAUUGUGCGGUAGUAGGACUGGUUGUCCCGGCCAAGGCACUCAUCCAGAAGUUUGGACCAAUUGAGUCAGUGAGCAUGGUCACCAUGCAGGCUGUCUCGGGAGCGGGCUAUCCUGGUGUCAGCAGCAUGGACAUUUUUGAUAAUAUCGUCCCUUAUAUCCCGGGGGAGGAAGGAAAGAUAUCUACCGAAGCACGCAAGAUCCUAGGAGACCUAAACUCUGACCUGGCUGGAUUCAGCGACCAACAACCUCUUCAGGUUUCCGUCGCAUGUAACCGUGUUCCUGUACUCGAUGGACACACUGUUUGCGCAUCACUACGUUUCGUAAACCGACCUCCACCAACGGCGAGUCAGGUACGUGAUGCACUGCGGGAGUAUAAGGCAGAAGUUCAGACAUUAGGAUGCCCCUCUGCUCCUAAAGCAGGUAUCCAUGUCCUGGAAGACGUGGAUCGACCACAGCCUCGUCUUGAUAGGGACACCGAAGGCGGAUACGCUUGCACCGUAGGCAGGAUCAGGGAGGACGACAGUGGCGUCUUUGAUAUCCAGUUCGUUGCUCUCAGUCAUAACACUGUCCUUGGGGCAUCAGGUAGUAGUAUAUUGAAUGCAGAGAGUGCCAUUCUGAAAGGCUACAUUUAG